CGAAUGUUGUAAAGAUACCUCCUGGUGUCUUAGUCGUUUAUCACAUGAAAAUCUCCUGACACACAGGACGGAAGUCGGUAAAUCACUGGCAAUUAUGCAAUCAUUGCUUGGGAAUCUAACAACAAUGCCUAAAAUCGCAGUCUAUUACUUCCCUCUGAAGGCGCUCGGCGAAGGUAUCCGGCUUCUGCUGGCGUACGGAGGCGAGGAGUUCGAAGACUGCAGGAUUACCAAAGAAGAAUGGGCCGAUGUGAAGCCAACGAUGCCCUUCGGUCAGAUGCCGAUACUCGAAAUCGACGGCAAGAAGUACGCGCAGAGUUCGGCGAUCGUGCGCUACCUCGGACGCAAGUACGGGCUCGUUGGCAAGAAUAUCGAGGAAGACUUCGAAAUCGAUCAAAACAUCGAGUUCUUUACUGACAUUCGCACAAAAGCCGGCAGUGUCUUCCACGAGCAAGACGAGAAGGUGAAAGCGAGUAAGCAGGCUGAGCUUGAGAAGAAUUACUAUCCAGUCGCAUUGAAGAAGCUGGAUGAAAUCAUCACAAAGAACAAGGGUCAUAUGGCUAUUGGAAAGUUGACAUGGGCUGACUUCCUAUUCGCGGGCAUGUAUGACUGCUUAAAGACGAUCCUGCAGAUGCCAGACCUCGACGAGAAGUAUCCGAGCUUCAAGAAGCUGCAGGAAACAGUAUUAGCUAUUCCCAAGGUCAAGGCGUUCUGCGAUAAAGCACCCAAGUCCCCAUAUUAAACCUUCAAUUGUAUA